AUGACCGAAGGCUGUGUCCAGCUGCUGGCCUGCCUGGUGUGUUUCCUCCUGAUGGGAUCAUUUGUGAGAACAAAGAGAGAUACCACAGGGGACCUGUUCAACACUGAGGCUUACAGUGCGCCGGCGCAGCGCUGGUCCAUGCAGGUGCCGGCCGAGGUGAGCGCGGCGGCGGGCGAGGCGGCCGUGCUGCCCUGCACCUUCACGCACCCGCACCGCCACUACGAUGGGCCGCUCACUGCCAUCUGGCGCGCGGGCGAGCCCUACGCCGGCCCGCAGGUGUUCCGGUGCGCGGCGGCGCGGGGCAGCGAGCUCUGCAGCACGGCGCUCAGCCUGCACGGCCGCUUCCACCUGCUGGGCAACCCGCGCCGCAACGACCUCUCGCUGCGCGUUGAGCGCCUCGGCCUGGCCGACGACGGCCGCUACUUCUGCCGCGUCGAGUUCGCGGGCGACAUCCACGACCGCUACGAGAGUCGCCACGGCGUGCGGCUCCGCGUGACCGCGGCCGCCCCGCGGAUCGUCAACGUGUCUGUGCUGCCCGGCCCGGAGCACGCCUUCCGUGCGCUCUGCACUGCCGAGGGGGAGCCGCCGCCCGCGCUGGUCUGGUCGGGCCCGGCGCUCGGCAACAGCUCGGCCACCGCCCUGCAGGCGUCAGCUCCCGGGCACGGCCACCUGGUCACCGCCGAGCUGCCCGCGCUGGCCGAGGAUGGCCGCUACACGUGCACGGCCUCCAACAGCCUGGGCCGCGCCGAGGCCAGCGUCUACCUGUUCCGCUUCCGCGGCGCCUCGGGGGUCCCGCUGACCGCGCUGCUACUGGGCGCGCUGGGCCUCAAGGUGCUGCUGCUGUUGGGCCUCCUGGCUGCCCGCGCCAUCAGGAGCCGACCAGAACACCAAACCCCCCAGGACCCCAUCCCAAGGCCCCAGGCACAGGAGUCCAGCUACGAGAAUUUGAGCCACAUGAGCACCCAGAGGCCCUUGGCAGCUGCGUGUUCACCAUAA